AUGUCGUAUCAAGCUUUCAGCGGACGCAAGGUGGAGGGACAUGCUGUUCUGGGUCAAGCCGCAAUCGCUAUAUCCGAUGACAUGUCCAAGAUCUCGGCCUGGGAUGGCAAGGCUGCAGACUCGCUGUAUAGGAAGACCAAGAUCAUAUGCACUAUGGGACCAUCAUGUUGGGAUGUUGAUACGUUGGUGAAGAUGAUCGAUCAGGGCUUAAACAUCGCGAGAUUCAACUUCUCUCAUGGUGACUUCGAGACGCAUGGUAACACUCUCAAGAACCUAAAGGCUGCUCUGAAGCAACGUCCUGGUAGGGUAGUUGCGGUUUUGUUGGAUACCAAGGGGCCCGAGAUCCGUUCGGGUUUCUUCGCCGCUGGUGGCAAGGUGCAGUUACAAGCUGGCCAGGACUUGAUGCUCACCACUGAUUAUGACUUCAAGGGUGACGCGACUAAGAUCGCCUGUACUUAUCCCAAACUCCCACAGAGUGUUAAGCCGGGGUCGACUAUUCUCAUGGCCGAUGGUACUUUGAGCUUAAAGGUCCUUGAGUGCUACGAGGACGGGGUGAAGACCCGUGUUAUGAAUAAUGCAACAAUCGGUGAGCGUAAGAACAUGAACCUCCCCGGAGUCAAGGUAGACCUUCCCUGCAUUGGUGAGAAGGAGGCCAACGAUAUCCUUAACUGGGGAAUCCCCAAUGGCAUUGAUUUUAUCGCUGUCUCCUUCGUCCAGCAUGGUGAUGAUAUCCGUGGUCUCCGCAAGCUGAUGGGCGAACGUGGGAGGAACGUUCAUCUAAUUUCUAAGAUCGAGAACGAAGAGGGAUUAAAGAACUUCGAUGACAUCCUGGCGGCCUCUGAUGGUAUCAUGAUCGCUCGUGGUGAUCUUGGUAUGGAAAUCCCACCUGAGAAGGUCUUCCUCGCUCAGAAGAUGAUGAUGGCUCGUUGUAACCUGGUUGGCAAGCCGGUCAUCACCGCUACUCAGAUGCUUGAGUCCAUGAUCACCAAUCCCAGGCCUACUCGUGCUGAGGCUAGUGAUGUCGCCAAUGCUGUCUUGGAUGGAACUGAUGGCGUCAUGCUAUCUGGGGAGUCAGCUGGUGGUAGCUUUCCUAUUAACGCUAUCUCCAUUCAGCGCCGUAUCUGUGAGGAGGCUGAGGCUGUGAUCGACUAUGAUACUCUCUUCCUCCGCAUUCGUGAGGCUGUUCUUAACGCUACUCCUCAAGGCCUCUCAGUCGUCGAAUCUGUAUGCUCAGCAGCAGUCGAGCUCGCUGGACAAGUGAGGGCCUCUCUCAUCGUUUCUCUCACCGAGACCGGAAGCACUGCUCAGCUGCUCGCCAAGUACCGUCCUGGCGUGCAGAUCCUGGCUCUUGCCGCCGCUGACUCUACUGUUAAACAUCUCUGUGCUGUCCGCGGUAUCAUCUCCCUCAAAGUCCCUUCCUUCCAAGGAACUGAUCAUGUCAUCCAGAGUGCUAUCACCUAUGGUAAGGAGGUCGGACUGUUAAAGACUGGCGAUAAGAUUGUUGCUGUACACGGUAUGAGAGAGGAGACCGCUGGAGCUACUAAUCUGGUUAAGGUCCUUCCUGUUGAGUAGACUGUAUUGAGGGACUGCCUUCCACUAGAGGCUCUUAUAACUCAUAAACUUAUCAGGCUCUGACUUAUCAUAUUAUU